AUGUCUCACGUAACGUACGACGAAGAAUGGAAAAAAGCUCAAGAAUUAUUAACACAAACGGUUAAUUACGAACAAGCACCAGGUAAUAGAAGACAACAAAGAAAAUCAUUAGCCACAUUAUACGUAAAAUAUAUAAUCGUUGCAAACAAACUAUCAGAAUGUGUUGAUCAAAUGGUGCAACCUCAAAAAAGGGCUUUAAUCCGCAAACUUUUGGAAGCUACCUUAGGAAGAAUCAUUGAACUCAAAUGGGAUUUGAUUGAAGCUGAUCUAAACGAAUGGAGCCACGUCGGCGACGUCAUUUCUGAAUUAAAUGUUACACCCUAUCAGUCGGAAUUGAAGAUUCCAAAGUGUUUCACAGACGAAAGACGCGAAGAAAUUGAAUAUAAAGAAAAAUUUAUUGAGGAUGUUUUAGAAAAAUAUGGGUUUUCUGAGAAAGUUGAAGAAAAGAAACCGAUGAGUGAACAACAAGCAAUUUUAAUUAUACAAACUCAUGAGAGAGCUCGGCAAGGAAGAUUAAGAGCGCAAUUUAUGAAGGAGGUUCGAAACAUGAAAGAAAAAUCUAAACCUCUAUCCGGCGAUGGAAAAGAAAAUGAAGAAGAAUUUAAACAAAGCAUUAGCCUUCCUGCAGCAAUGAGAAUACAAAAAGUUUGGAGAGGAUAUCAAACCCGCAGACAAACCAGAAGAAGAAAACUUGAAGAAAUGUUAUUAAUCGGAAUGAUUCCACCGCCGAAACAACAAAACGAAGAAAUAACCAAAGCAAUUGAAGUAGAAAAAUAUAGAAGAUCACUACAAAAAACCAGACAGAAAGAAUAUGAAGUAGCCGUUGUGAAUUAUAGAAAUUAUAUCGAAAAACAUCAAAGAGCGAUUGUUUUGGAGCAACUUAGCGAUGAAAUUAGAAUUUGGUUGCACGAAUAUAAAGCGCAAACUGGUAAAAUUCCUGAAUACACCGGAUCAGAUCGAGGAUCAUCUAGAUUAUUAUUGAGUCGCCAAGGCACUGAUAGUGAAAUAAGUAAAUCAACUCAAGGAUCUUCAAAAGAAUCAAAACCGAAAAAAUCAAAAAGUGCUAAAUCAAAAGAUGAUAAAUCGGACGAUGAGGAAGACGAAACAUAUUCAAAAGCAAUAGUUUCAACGUUCCUCCCAUCAAUAACAAUGCAUAAUGAAGAAUACGAUGAGAUUUGGAAGAACAAAAACGAAUCAUCAAAUCCACGACAAAUUCCUUAUAAAGAUAUGAUCGAAAAGCAACAAAUGAGUGAGAUGGAAAACGAAUUAAGAAAAGUUGUCGAUGAUAUGAUGAGGGUGGAGCUUCAAUUAUUACAAGAAGCAUUCGAUAAAGAUAAAGGAAUCAAAGGAAAAAAACAAAAAGCUAGUAAACGAGGAACGAAAAAGGCCAAAAAGAAAAAAGACAAAGAUUUAACCCCCGAUAGAACAACAGCUUCAUUAUUUGAAGAAUUAGUCGCUAAUGGAAUUAUAAAAAAAUAUCCAAAAGUUUAUCUUGACGAUUUUAAAGGAGAACGAUCUUACAACAAUCCAGUUCCGUUUAAUAAAGGAGUUAAUCCCUCGAUAAGCCUCGGAGAUUUUCGACAAAUUUUAACUGAAUAUUGCGUUAUUCCUUUAUUAUCGGAUCAUAUCCAUCAAUCAACUCCUCAAAUUAAAUCGAUUUUAAUUGCUGGCGCUAAAGGUAGUGGUAAGGACAUGUUGGUACACGCCGUUUGCACAGAAAUUGGUGCCGUACUUUUUGAUUUAACCCCAGCGAAUAUUGUGGGAAAAUAUCCCGGAAAAUCCGGGUUAAUAAUGUUGAUACAUUUAAUUUCGAAGGUUUCGCGUUUGUUACAACCCGCUAUUAUUUAUAUGGAUGAUGCGGAAAAACCGUUUGUUAAAAAGAUUCCUAAAACGGAUAAAACCGAUCCUAAAAGACUCAAAAAAGAUUUAAUUAAAAUCGUUAAAAAUUUUUGGCCUGAAGAUAGAGUGAUGUUGAUCGGAGUUUCUAGUUGUCCUUGGGAGAGUGAUCAAAAAUUACUUCAACAAGUUUAUCAAAAGUAUUUGGUAAUUCCUAGACCUGAUUAUAGUUCUCGGUAUUGUUUAUGGAGUUAUCUUUUGGGACAAUACAGUGCUAUCGGGUGGAAUUUUGAUACCAGUGGAAUUAGUAGGGUGUCGGAUGGAUAUGCAGCGGGUCCUAUUGUUAAAAGUGUAUCUGAGGUAAUGACGAUUAAACGAAUGGUACAAUUAAGAGUUCAAACUUUAAGCCCUUUCGAGUUAAUAAACGCUUUAGCUAGGUAUACGCCAAUUUAUAAAGAAGAGGAAGAAGCCAUGGAAGUUUGGCACGCGAAGACCAUCAUGUGCAAGAGAAGGUUACGAGCCAUUGAAAUGCUUGAACAGGAAAUUCUUGAAUUUCAAGCCAAACAAGCCAAUGCAAAAAAAUAAAAAAAAAUUAAUUUAAUUAUUUAAU